ACAUCACAGUCUAAACACAAACUAACACUAUCACCUGCUGAUUAUCUCAACAAGAGCGAUCGCACAGGUUUCCAAGAUGCCCAAGUUCUUCUGCGAUUAUUGCGAUGUCUACCUCACGCAUGAUUCCAUGAGCGUGCGCAAGGCUCAUAACAGUGGUCGAAACCAUCUUCGAAAUGUAGUUGAUUAUUACCAACAAAUCGGCCACGAGAAGGCUCAAUCCGUCAUCGACUCCAUCACCUCUUCUUAUGCUGCUGAAGGCCAGGCCCACGCGAAUCCUAUGCUUCCCCAAAAUCAACCUGGACAGGGCUUUCCUCCCCCUCCCUUCGCGUUCCCAGGUGGUAUCCCUCCUCCGCCUUUUCCGGGGAUGCCAGGUGCGCCUCCUGGACAAUUCCCUCAAGGACUACCUCCCCCUCCUGGCGGUGGUCGAGGCAUGCCCCCAAUGCCCCCAUUCCCUGGGCCCAAUGGCAUGCCUGUACCUCCUAACGGUCUUCCAUUCCCUCCUCCUCCAGGCGGCUUCCCGUUCCCUCCUCCGGGCGCCCCAGGAGGACCUGGUGCUUCCGGCGGUGCCCCUCCUCCUUUUCCUGGCAUGCCUGGCAUGCCUCCGCCCGGCCAAGGAUUUCCACCACACGGAUUUGCUCCUCCCGGAGCCGGAGCUCCCGGACAUGAGAAGCGAUGAGUGUCAUUUCUGUGGCAAGGAUGAGGUUUGGGCUGAUUAUAGCCAUAGCAUUAUUGGCGAAUUGGGCGUUAGACAAGAACUGGGAAAAUGGAAAGUAUUGCCAGUUUGAGAUACUGCGAGGUAAAUGUUUUGUUUAAUAAGAGGCGGGCUCCCGAGCACGAAAUGAGCAUCGGACGUCUCGCAAUUUAGGUUUAUUGGAUAGUUACAGGACUACAUGGUCCUGUUACUGCCGCAUUAGUCAGGCAAAUAUUGUGUGUGUAUAUUCAUGUGUGUGCG